AAUCGCUACCGUCUUAUCUUGACUCACAUCCAUUCUCACUCUCACCUCAUCACUUACCUCCUCACACUCACCGCGUUACCCCGCCGUCUGCUAUGGACGUCCCGCUCUAUCACCACCCGGUGCGCAUCUACGCCUCGCCCUCGACCGAGUGUCUCCUCCCGCGGCCCGGCGGUCCUCGCUUCGCGACGCAGGACACCGACCCCUUUGGCGAUCCCUACCUCGUUGGUGUGCAGGUCGGCUUCCGUCGCCGCUCGCUUGGCUCACGCCCUUGGGCGGACGACGACCCCGCCCCGGGACGCAGGUGGAGUACUGCGGCGGCGGAGGUGGGGCGACGCGCGCGCAACACGCUGCGGCGCGCGAGCCACGGUAACCCUCUGCCUGUCCCGCCGCCACAGAUGCAUCCAUCUGCGCAUCUGGCUGAAAACGAGAACGAGAACGGGAACGCGCACGAGGAGCGCGAGCAUAGCCCCGUGUCCACAACUACGUCUGUCGUAGCUGCUCCGCGCGAGGCGGCAAGUUCCCCGCCACGAGGGGAGGUACAUCAACCCCAGGAGGGUCGCAGGCGCGGCAGCUUGCAUAAGUGGCUGCGACAAGACAAGCGCGACGGGUCCAAGGAUGCCGCUUGACGAAACCCGUCAUAAUUGGAUGAACUGACGAGAUCCACACGUUGUCCUAUCGGUUGUACGAGAAUGAACGAUUUCAUGACGCUGAGC